GGGCCGGCCCAGAGCCGGUUCUGGAGCCGGGACCCGGGCCGAGGGAGGACUGGGGCCCCGGAGCCGGGUUUGGAGAAGUACGGGGUGGAGGGCCCGGCCGGGACAGGGCUUGUGGAGAGAGUGAGAGAUACGGGCUCUGGAGGCAGCGGAAUUGGCCUGUUCUCGGCUGCAAGAAGGGACUGUGGAUUAAAUGGAGUUGGUGUAAUACGAUGCCCAGUAUGCCGCCAAGAAUGCAGACAGAUAGACCUUGUGGAUAAUUAUUUUGUGAAAGACACAUCUGAAGCCCCUAGCAGUUCUGAUGAAAAAUCAGAACAGGUAUGUACUAGUUGUGAAGACAAUGCUAGUGCAGUUGGCUUUUGUGUAGAAUGUGGAGAGUGGCUAUGUAAGACUUGUAUCGAAGCACAUCAAAGAGUAAAAUUCACUAAAGAUCACUUGAUCAGGAAGAAAGAAGAUGUCUCAGAGUCUGUUGGAGCAUCUGGUCAGCGCCCUGUUUUCUGCCCUGUACACAAACAAGAACAAUUGAAACUUUUCUGUGAAACAUGUGAUAGAUUAACAUGUAGAGACUGUCAGCUAUUGGAACACAAAGAACAUAGGUACCAGUUUUUGGAAGAAGCUUUUCAAAAUCAGAAAGGUGCAAUUGAGAAUCUGUUGGCUAAGCUUCUUGAAAAGAAGAAUUAUGUUCAUUUUGCAGCUACUCAGGUGCAGAAUAGGAUAAAAGAAGUAAAUGAGACUAACAAACGAGUAGAACAGGAAAUUAAAGUGGCCAUUUUCACCCUUAUCAAUGAAAUUAAUAAGAAAGGAAAAUCUCUCUUACAGCAGCUAGAGAAUGUUACAAAAGAAAGACAGAUGAAGCUACUGCAGCAGCAGAAUGACAUCACGGGUCUCUCCCGGCAGGUGAAACACGUUAUGAACUUUACAAACUGGGCCAUUGCUAGUGGCAGCAGCACUGCACUACUGUACAGCAAGCGACUGAUUACUUUUCAGUUGCGUCAUAUUUUGAAAGCUCGGUGUGAUCCUGUCCCUGCUGCUAAUGGAGCAAUACGUUUCCAUUGUGAUCCCACCUUCUGGGCAAAGAAUGUAGUCAAUUUAGGUAAUCUAGUAAUAGAGAAUAAACCAGCUCCUGGUUAUACUCCAAAUGUUGUAGUUGGACAAGUUCCUCCAGGGACAAACCACAUUAGUAAAACCCCUGGACAGAUUAAUUUAGCACAGCUUCGACUUCAGCACAUGCAACAACAAGUAUAUGCACAGAAACAUCAGCAGUUGCAACAAAUGAGGAUGCAGCAACCGCCAGCUCCUGUACCGACUACAACAACAACAACACAGCAGCACCCUAGACAAGCAGCCCCUCAAAUGUUACAGCAGCAGCCUCCAAGAUUGAUCAGUGUGCAAACAAUGCAAAGAGGCAACAUGAACUGUGGAGCUUUUCAAGCCCAUCAAAUGAGACUGGCUCAGAAUGCUGCCAGAAUCCCAGGGAUACCCAGGCACAGCGGCCCUCAGUAUUCCAUGAUGCAACCACACCUCCAAAGACAACACUCAAACCCAGGGCAUGCUGGACCCUUUCCUGUUGUAUCGGUACACAACACCACAAUCAACCCAACAAGCCCUACUACAGCAACUAUGGCAAAUGCAAACCGAGGCCCCACCAGCCCAUCUGUUACAGCAAUAGAGCUUAUCCCCUCAGUUACUAAUCCAGAAAACCUUCCAUCCUUGCCAGAUAUUCCACCCAUACAGUUGGAAGAUGCUGGCUCAAGUAGUUUAGAUAAUCUACUAAGUAGAUACAUCUCAGGCAGUCACCUACCCCCACAGCCUACAAGCACCAUGAAUCCUUCCCCCGGACCCUCUGCCCUUUCUCCAGGAUCAUCAGGUUUAUCCAAUUCUCACACACCUGUGAGACCCCCUAGUACUUCCAGUACUGGCAGUAGAGGCAGUUGUGGGUCAUCAGGAAGAACUGCUGAGAAGACAGGUCUUAGUUUCAAAUCUGAUCAAGUGAAAGUCAAGCAAGAACCUGGGACUGAGGAUGAGAUCUGUAGUUUUUCAGGAGCUGUGAAACAGGAAAAGACUGAGGACGGGAGGAGGAGUGCCUGCAUGUUGAGCAGUCCUGAGAGUAGUUUGACACCACCUCUGUCCACCAACCUGCAUCUAGAGAGUGAGUUGGAUGCAUUAGCAAGCCUGGAAAACCAUGUGAAAUCUGAACCUACAGAUAUGAAUGAAAGCUGCAAGCAGUCCGGGCUCAGCAGCCUAGUUAAUGGAAAGUCUCCAAUUCGAAGCCUCAUUCACAGGUCAGCGAGGAUUGGAGGAGAUGGCAACAACAAAGACGAUGACCCAAAUGAAGACUGGUGUGCUGUCUGCCAAAAUGGAGGGGAUCUCUUGUGCUGUGAAAAAUGUCCAAAGGUCUUUCAUCUAACUUGCCAUGUUCCAACACUUCUUAGCUUUCCAAGUGGGGACUGGAUAUGCACAUUUUGCAGAGAUAUUGGGAAGCCAGAAGUUGAAUAUGAUUGUGAUAAUUUGCAACACAGCAAGAAGGGAAAAACUGCACAGGGAUUAAGCCCAGUGGACCAAAGGAAAUGUGAACGUCUUCUGCUUUACCUCUAUUGCCAUGAAUUAAGUAUUGAAUUCCAGGAGCCGGUUCCUGCUUCGAUACCAAACUACUAUAAAAUCAUAAAGAAACCAAUGGAUUUAUCCACUGUGAAAAAGAAGCUUCAGAAAAAGCAUUCCCAACAUUACCAAAUCCCAGAUGACUUUGUGGCUGAUGUCCGUUUGAUCUUCAAGAACUGUGAAAGGUUUAAUGAAAUGAUGAAAGUUGUUCAAGUUUAUGCAGACACACAAGAGAUUAAUUUGAAGGCUGAUUCAGAAGUAGCUCAGGCAGGGAAAGCAGUUGCAUUGUACUUUGAAGAUAAACUCACAGAGAUCUACUCAGACAGGACCUUCGCACCUUUGCCAGAGUUUGAGCAGGAAGAGGAUGAUGGUGAGGUAACUGAGGACUCUGAUGAAGACUUUAUACAGCCCCGCAGAAAACGCCUAAAGUCAGAUGAGAGACCAGUACAUAUAAAGUAAAAUAACAUGGACUUAAAUCAGUUGUUUAAAAAGGAAGAAAGAAAUAAAGCCUUUUAUUUAAGUGUUGCUGGAAUAAAUCCUGCCUUUACUGGGCAUCUCCUUGAAGAACCUGAUAGUUUUUACACAGUAUUAGAUUGAUAUAAUGGACAGAAAACAUUCUUGUCAAGAUGAAGAUAAUUCUAUUUGCAACUUUAAAGUAAAAAAAAAAAAGAUGAAAUGACUUUUCCGGAUUUGUUACUAAAAAGGAUGGCUCUUUGUUAGAAAGUGGCAGAUGAUGAUCAUGUGGUAUCGACUGGUGCGGGAUUCUAGGUGUGCAAGUAAACAUAAGGCUCAUGUUGCUUGAUAAAUUGUCUUUUUGGACUAGACUGCAGUUAUUUAAAAAAAAAAUUUAAGUAUCCAUUUUACACACAUAGCAUACUGGGUUUUUCUUGUUUAAAAAGUAGCUCAGGCCGGGGAUUUAGCUCAGUGGUUCCGGUGCCUGUCUCGCAAGCACAAGACCGGAAUUUGAUCCCCAGUACCAGUAAAUAAAUAGUAGCUCAGAUUUCAUUUCAUCUCAGUGGAGAUAUGUAUAGAAUCAUGCCAUUAUAUUUUUCUUCAUUUUCGUACUGUUGAGCCUUCACUUUUAAAUUAGGGAACUCAGCAGUACUUUCAUACAUACUGAUUUAGGAAACAUGAAUAUUUGUUUUGCCCUCAGUGAUCUACUAAAAUAAAAAUGGCAACUUUUCAGUAGUGGAUCAUAUAGAGAGUUACAGUAGUCAUUUAGUCAUUUCCAGAAAAUACUUCACAGAGCUGCACUUCCCAGUCAAAUCACAUGAUCAUAAGUUAUUCCUAUGAAAGGCAGAAUGUUUGUUUUAAAAUUAAUCUUGUUUUCUGUACAUUUAAAUUUGAUUGAGAAGGUGACAACUGGCUCUUACCCAGUCUUCCUUCCUAACAGUUUUCCAGUAGACCACUAUUGGCAAACAGUAAUCUGUCAACUACCAAAUGUGUAAAAUUUUCUGUAUUUCACUUUGUCUUAUUUGUAAAUAAUGAACUAAAACUUCUGGCAGAUCAGCAACAUUUGCUGAGGCUGUUUUUUAAGCUAAUGUGUAUUCUUACUAAUGUUCCUAUCAAGAAUGGAUUUGUAAUAUAUGCUGUCUAUUUCUAAUGUUCACAUUCAUAUUUUGAAGUUCUAUCUUAUUUUAAUAGAGAACAGACUUCUCAAAAUCUUCAGAAGCAGCUUAUUAUUGAAAUAUCAAAAUAUUGAAAUAAACCCGGUGGGGUUAGAUUACUCAUCUGUCCACCAAGUGGGACAUUUGCAUGGACUGGGGGCUUAAAGGACUUAGAAGAGACCUGUAAGUAAAUCCUGAAAAUGAGCCAAUCCCCACUUGAAUGGUUACUGGAGUAAACCCACCUUUUCCUUCCCUGAUUACAGUACCUGAGGCAGAUAAACCAACCUGGCUCUGGUUCAUUUUUCUUCUCAUUUGUGAUGCUGACAUUCAAGAUGUGUGUUCUAGACUGUGUACAGGCUUCUCUUAUGUUGAAUUAAAAAUUUUAGUCCUCCUUUUGUAUGAAAACGUUAGAAUAUAAAGUGACCAAAAUAGAGGAUUUUGCCAUUAGAUAUUUUUCAGAUGUCAGCAGAUUUGUGGCAAAUCAUUUGCCUUUUUAAAAAAUUCAUCUAAGCCGUUCAGACUGCAGACUACUCAGAACAUUGACAUAAUUGUCUAAGAAGUAAAUAUUUUUUAGUGCAUAUUGAAUCAAAUAAAGUGCUCUAAAGAAAUUAUUAUACAGAUUCUUUUGGGUUGUAUUUCUUUUCUUAAUAAAGGGUGGGGAGUAAACAGGAAUAUGAUUCAGACCUUCUGAUGGUAUAUUUAAACAGUAUUAAUUUUCUUAUUUCUUAUUACUUUAUCUUCUGGCUUUCUUUUAGUUUCUUUUUUCU